AUGUUCAACUGCCACCGCACGGCGGCGACGCUCGUCCUUAAGCCGUGCUGCCUCCCCGAGUGGAACCACACGUACACGCACGACCGAUGGACGAUCGCCGGGAGCGAACACGUCAUCGAGACGCGCGAGGUGUGCGCGCAGGGGAAGUGGAGAGGGAACCGAUGGUGCGGUCCGCCGCGGUCGCACCUUCGACCGAAAUUCGAAAAGUGGUGCGACGCGCUCUGUCGCGCCGUCGACGUCUCAGGCGCGUUCUAUCUCACACUGGUCCCCAUACGACCCCAGGACGAGAAGCGGCGAGAGACGAUCGAGAUUCAGCUCGAGGGCGGGCAUCAGAACGAGUUUGUGUUCGCGACGCGCGCGAGCUACGAGCGCGCGCCGGGGAUCGUAUCGGGGGUGUACGCGACGAAGAGCGGGCCGCCGACGCCGAGCCGCGAAGAGCGAGAGGCGACGGAGAAGGCCGACGAGACGGCGGCGAAGGAGGCCGAGGAGGCCGAGGGGUGCGUUCUAGUAUCACACCGGUCCCCAUACGACCGCGUUCGCGUGGUGAACGCCGAUCCUUAA